AUGAUGAUCGGAGAAAAUAACCGGCCACAUCCAACGAUCCACAUUCCAAUCGACGAUCCAACGGCCACGAUGUCUCCACCAUUCUCCUCCGUCAACUUUAACGAUUAUCCACACUCUCCGUCACCGUACCUCGACUCCUUCGCUUCUCUCUUCCGCUACCUCCCCUCCAACGAGUUCGCGAACGAUUCCGACUCAUCAAGCGAAGACGAGUCGCUCUCCGACUCGUUUGCAUGCGACGAGUUUCGAAUGUACGAGUUCAAGGUGCGGCGAUGCUCGCGCGGUCGAUCUCACGACUGGACGGAGUGUCCGUUUGCGCAUCCCGGAGAGAAAGCUCGGAGACGCGAUCCGAGGAAGUUUCACUACUCAGGCACGGCUUGUCCUGAGUUUCGCAAAGGAAGUUGUAGAAGAGGAGACUCGUGCGAGUUCGCUCAUGGUGUGUUCGAGUGUUGGCUUCAUCCCGCUCGUUAUCGUACCCAGCCGUGUAAAGAUGGGACGAGUUGCCGGAGAAAAAUCUGUUUCUUCGCUCAUACGCCGGAGCAGUUACGUCUAUUAGAGCCAGAUCUCGGAUUCUCUUCGAUGCGUAACCGAUACGAGUCUCAUUUGUCGAAAUCAGUAGCAGCUACUUCUCCGACUUCGAUUCUGAUCUCUCCUCCGUUUUCUCCACCGUCGGAGUCUCCGCCGCUUUCUCCGAGUACCGGUGAACUCAUUGCGUCUAUGCGAAAAAUGCAAUUGAACGGAGGUUCAUGGAGCUCGCCUAUGAGAUCCAGCCUCGGGUUACAGUUUUCGUCUUCUUUGAAUCCGAACCAGGGACGGACGUGGCCGGUAUUGAGAGAGUUCGAGAUCUGGGACAAUGGAGGUGAAGAGAAUCCGGCGAUGGAAGUGGUGGAAUCUGGGAAAGAGCUUAGGGCGAGUAUGUACGCGAGACUCAGCAGGGAAAACUCACUCGGUUGA